AUUUCUUUUUGUAUCACGACAUUCCUUGUAGAUGCAACCACAUCACCAGAUCAUCAAUCAUGGACUUUCUUUCAACUCUCCUGGCAGGCCCUGCGCUGGUAGCAAGGCCUGAUCCUCCAAACGGUCGCCAAGAGCCGAGAUGACGGUGCCGAACGCGGGACCCGCCCCCAAACGGUCACAUCACAUGGGGCCGGGUCAAUGUCGUCAGUGUAGGAUGUUUGCGCCGGCUUAUUACUAUCAUCGUUGAAGCUUCACAUUUAGCAGACGGAGGCAUGUCUCGUUUAUGAGCCCAUGUCAUGAGCCUCUAGGACUCGGACACUCCACACGGUGGUUGAGUGCAGGAAAUCCAUCCAUCCCAUCGAGCGACCGACUGCCAGUGAGCCGCCAUUUCGAGGCGGCGGGGGCGCACAAUGACCCUCAAGGCCGCCCAAUACCUCGAGCAUUUCGUCUCGGGCGAGAAGAGGGCGCAAGACCCGAGGCCGCCCCGCCUCCUCGCCUUUCGCUCCUCGAGCACCUUCAUCCUCGCCACCGUGUGCAUCGCCAUCUUCACAGACAUCCUCCUCUACGGCAUCAUCGUCCCCGUCAUCCCGUUCGCCCUGACUAGCCGGGUUGGUGUUGACGAGGCCUCGGUGCAGACUUGGAAUGCCAUCCUGCUGGCAUGCUACACCAUCGCACUCUUCGUCGGCAGCCCCUUGGUCGGGCUUUAUGCCGACCACACCUCGUCGAGGAGGUGGCCGCUCCUGAUCGGUCUGGUCUCCCUGGCUGGGUCGACCAUCAUCCUCUGCCUCGGGAGGACCAUCGCCCUGCUCAUCAUCGGCAGGAUCCUGCAGGGGCUGAGUGCUGCUAUCGUGUGGACUGUAGGACUGGCCCUGAUGGUAGACACCGUGCCAGACAAGAUCGGCGAGGCGAUGGGAUACUCAGCCAUCGCCAUGUCCAUGGGCCUGCUGGUCUCCCCUGCCAUCGGGGGUGCCGUCUUUGCCGCCAAGGGCUACUACGCUGUGUACUAUAUUGCCUUCGGGUGCAUAUUCCUUGAUAUUGUCCUGCGCCUGGUUCUCAUAGAAAAGAAAAUCGCAAGCCAGUGGAUCGGCGAUGACGAGAGGCGGCCAUCGGACCCAGACACCAGCGGGGCUGCGCCGUCGCCAGCUGAGCAGUCCUCAUCUGCCACAGAGACACCCGAGACCACCGAGGCAUCCGAAAUGAGCCCGAGAUGCGACGAGAAGCGAGCUGAAGCGGGCGAGGCAGGCCGCGAUGUUGACGAUCCCCUCGCCGUCGACAGCGGUGAUGCUCCUGCCGUGCCACCACCAGCAGCAGCGGCGCCGUCCACCGCCGCGAGCGCGAGGACAGCAAAGCACCCCAAGCUGCGACUCCUCAGGUCCCGGCGCCUCCUCGCUGCAAAUUUUGGAAUCAUCAUCCAGGCCGGCGCAAUGAUCUCGUGGGACACGGUCCUCCCCCUCUUCGUCAGGGACACGUUCGGCUGGUCCCCGACGGCGGCAGGCCUCAUCUUCUUCUGCAUCUUCAUCCCGGGCUUCAUCUCGCCCCUGGUGGGCUGGGCGAGCGACCGCUACGGCGCGCGCUGGCCCUCGGCCGCCGGCUUCGCCGCCUCCGUCCCGCCCCUGGCGUGCCUGCGCCUCGUGGCCGACAACACCACCGCCCACAAGGUCCUGCUGGGCGCCCUGCUCGCCGCCGUCGGCGUCACCCUGACCUUCGCCAACACCCCGCUCAUGGCCGAGAUCACCUACGCCAUCCAAGCGGAGGAGGCCGCCAGCCCGGGCGUGUUCGGGACAAAGGGCGUGUACGGGCUCGGGUACGGGCUCUUCUGCACGUCGUUUGCCCUCGGCGGCUCCGUGGGCAGCCUGAUGUCGGGCUAUGUCAUGGACGGCGCGGGAUGGGGCACGCUCACCUGGGUGCUGGCGGUAUGGAUGGCGAGCGGCGCUGUCGUCGUCGCCUGGGGGGUGGGGGAGAGCGGCAGGACGGCGGCCCCGGCCAGGGCUCCUCCUCCUGAGGCUGACGUUGAGAACUCUGCAGGGUCAUGAGACCCGCUGGAUGGCCCUCUCUGCACGACGGGGGCAACCUUGAUCCGCGCGUUGCCGUGCGUGUGCCACGCCUGCCUCGACAUGUGGCUGGCUAAGCUGGCCCCCCUGCCGUGCCGCUGCAGUGCGACCACAUGGGGUUUGUUUCAACCUCACACAAAACAGAGACAGGCAUUUCUUUCACUCGCCCUGCCUGCUUCCCCCGUGCGACACAUCCCAACAUCCACGUCGCACUUGAUACCACCCCGCCCACGUCCGACGUCGGCCCACUACGAGCCGGCGAGGCUCCGGGGUGAUGUUCACGUGGCGCCACAGGGCGCCAAGGUCGUGCCGCUGAUCGACCUCUAGUCGCGAACGUGCGGCCUGCAUCGCAGAGCCGCACUUUGAGGCAACAAUCCCCCAUCACCGCAUUGCAUGAUGCAGCCUGACGACCGCGCAGCAGGCUCUCUGGAUCCCGAUCCACCUAUACGCUCCGAAACAGCUCAUUCUGGCGCAGGUCUAGGACAGUCAGUACGCCCCGCGGCAUUUCCCAGGCCGCUGUUCCGCGCCGGGGUGAAACAGUGUUUCGAGGACACCAAGAUUGUGCGCGCGUGCAUGUAAUAGUAAUGUAAUAAUUUGACGCGGCCUUUGUGCAUAUUGGGACUCAAUUACGUACGAUCCCCUCUUCAGUGUGGCUCACUAUGAAUCGCUAGCCCGCACGGAAUGAGCCCGGAAGACGGCAUCACCAUGUACCAUGAGCCUCGGCUUGGUGACAUGAUCGUGACAUGUAUGUAUGCAGCCUCGCAACGGAAGCAAUGUCACCACCUGUAGCAGAACACCAUCAUCACCCUGGGCAUGGUCGGCACCACAAGCCAGUCGCUCAUGCAGGGCGAACGAACACUGACAACCAAGAACCACAAGCCACCGCCCAAUCCCAUCCCGUCCCGUCCCGUCAGAUCUCAAUGGUGAUCCUCCCCACCCCACGACUAA